AUGCUCACAGGCAUCGGAAAGGGACUUGUGACGCACUAUCUCGCCCAUCCCGACACAACAGUUAUAGCGACCGUCCGAGACCCGACGUCGGCCAAAGCAAAGGAGCUCUAUACUCUACCCAGGGGCAAUGGAUCCCGCCUGGUCAUUGUAGCACUUACAGCCGACUCCCCAACGAGCGCCGCCGACGCUGCGUCUGAAAUCCAGACAGCCCACCAAAUCGAGCACAUCGACGUCGUGAUUGCCAACGCCGGGAUCUGCGAGCACUGGGGGCCCCUCGUGGAAGCAGCGGAGUCAGACGUGCUCUCACACUUCGAGGUGAACACGCUAGGUCCGCUUCGGCUUUUCAAGGCCAUGGCUCCAUUGCUGCAGAAGGCUGCCGCGCCCAAGUUCAUCUACAUCUCGACGCUCCUGGCUAGUAUCGGUGGGGUUGGACAGAUGGUCACCUUGACAGGUCCGUAUGGGAUGUCCAAGGCGGCGGGGAAUUUCCUGGUUAGGAAGAUCCAUGCGGAGAAUGAGCAUUUGGUGACGCUGUCUAUUGAUCCUGGACUUGUCCAGACGGAUUUGGGAGAUCGCGCGGCGCAGAACUAUGGGUUGAAGGAAGCGCCAGUGACGUUGGAGGAGAGUGUGAGAGGAAUCACGACUCAGAUUGAUGCGGUGGACAAGUCAACGUCUGGAACAUUUGUCAAUACUCGCGGCGAACAAGUGGCUUGGUAG